AUGACCUAUCGAGAUAUAAGCCAUCUUUGUGAGAUGGCUCGAGUCCUCUCUUAUCCACGAUUAAUCUCAAUGGAAAAUUUUCGUCAACCAAAUUUUCGUCUUGUUGCAGAAAUCAUGACUUGGCUUGUUAAACAAUAUGAUCCAUUAGCUGAUGUUCCAGCUGAUAUUGAAGGUGAACAAGAUCGUGUUGUAUUUGUUCGUGCUGUUACUCAAAUAAUUGCUACUAGAGCACAUUUAAAAUUAAAUACUAAAAAGCUCUAUCAAGCUGAUGGUUAUGCUGUAAAAGAAAUUCUUAAAGUUAUAGCACCACUAUAUAAAGCAUUACGUGAUACUGAAAACAAAGAAUUAGAUGAUGAAGAUGAUAUUGAUAAUUCAUAUCGUUAUGCUAUGAAUGAUGAUAUCAGUACACUUAAAAAUGCACGUCAACUUUGUUCGACUAUAACACAAAAAGGUGCUAAUCUACAUGAACUACUUGGAAAAGAACUUGAUGCUCGAGAAGCACGUCAAGAAGUUAUGAAUCGAGGUAUGGAAUUAUCUGAAGUUCAAGAAGGUAUACGCGAAGCUGAAACUGCCGCUAAACGUGAAUUAAUGAAAUAUCAAAAAUUAAUUGGUAAUGUUCAAACAGAUGAAGUAGCACUUGACGAAAAAAUAGCUAAGCGUUUCGAAGAAAAGGAUCGUCAUCAACGACGACUUGAUAUGCUAAAGAGCGUUAGACCAUCGUUUAUGAACGAUUUUGAAAAAUAUGAAUUAGAACUUAAUGAACUUUAUUCAAAUUAUGUAUUGAAAUUUCGUAUAUUGUCUUAUUUGGAAAAAGAACUUGAAGGACACUUUCGAAGUCAACGUGAAAAAGUUCAAGAAGUAUCCCGUCAAUAUAUGCAAUCAAUGAAUUCACAAAUAACAGAACAAGAGCAACAAAGAUUUAAUCGACAAGUACAAGAUCCAAACGAUGAAAUCGGUGUACGCAGUGAUGAAGAAGAAGAUGAAGAAGAAUCCGAUGAAGAUGAUGAUGAUGAAUCCGAAGAAGAUGAAGCUAUGGACCGGCCACCGCCCGCUCAUCCACAACUCCGAGGCAGUAAACCAGAAAAUGGUGCAGGUGGUAAACCAUAUGGAGGUAUGACAGCUGAACUCAGCGAUGACGACGACGACGAAGAAGAGCAGGUGCCAGUGGGUCGCGGAGGUGCUGGUGUGCCCGAUGGCUUAUAUCCUGAUAUGAAUUCAAGAAGAAAACCCGUCGGAAAUGUCAAUAGAAGACCACCUAGCGCUAGUGGUAAACGUCGGCAAAGACAGCAAGCGCAAAAACGAGAGACAUACGAUGAGGAUGAUGAAGAUUUCUAA